AUGCUGUCCUCAGUCUUCACGGCUGCCGCCGUCGCAGUCGCCGGUGUCUCAGCUGCCCGGCCUUGGCUUAACGAGCCUGACACUGGUCUCGAGGCCGUCGUGAGCAACAUCUCUGUUGGCCAGCUCCCUCCCCUGGAUGAGAUCGUCGGUCUGCCUGACUUUGACUGGGCUGCUCGUAACUACCUCCCUGCGAAGAACUACACCUACUACCGAAAUGGCGCUGCCGGCGAGUGGUCGUACCGGAACAACCUUGAGGUCUUCAACCGCUACCGCCUCAGGCCCCGAGCCAUGGUUGAUGUCACCAACAUCGAGGCCAGCCUGAACACGACCAUCCUCGGCUACGACUUCGCCAACCCCUUCUUCAUCUCCCCUGCCGCCAAGGCGCAGUACGGCCACCCCGAUGCCGAGCUCAACCUCAUGAAGGGGGCCGGGGCCGGUGGUAUCCCCUACAUCGUCUCGAGCUACUCGUCCCUUCCCCUCGAGGACAUCGCCGCCGCGGCCCUCCCCAACCAGACCUUCUUCAGCCAGGUCUACUUCACCCUGAACGACACCCAGAACAAGGCGCUGCUGCAGAAGUCUGAGCGCGCGGGAGCCAAGGCCGUCGUGUGGGCCAUCGACUCGCCCGGCUCGCCCGACCGGCAGCGCGCGGCGCGGUACGACGUCGGGUCGGCCAACACGCAGUUCGUCAAGAACACGUGGGAGGUCUACCAGCAGUACCGCAACUGGACGACCCUCCCCAUCGUCCUCAAGGGCAUCCAGAACGUCGCCGACGCGAGGGCGGCCGUCGACCACGGAGUCAAGGCCAUCAUCCUCUCCAACCACGGCGGCCGCAACCUGGACGGGUCGCCCUCGUCGCUCGAGGUCGCGCUCGAGAUCUUCAACAACGACCCGGAGAUCUUCAACGAGAUCGAGGUGCUGGCCGACGGUGGCAUCCGCUACGGCACCGACGCGCUCCGGCUGCUGGCUCUCGGUGUCAAGGCUGUUGGUAUGGGACGUCCCUUCAUGUACUCGAACGUGUACGGCGAGGAUGGCGUCAAGAAGAUCAUCGCGCUGAUGAGGAGCGGCCUCAUGAACGAUGCUGCCAACCUGGGCCUGGGCGACCUCAAGUCCAUCAAACUCCACCUAUGUCGACUGGACCCCGAGCCCCUUCUGGGGUAUAUCGACCUCGUCCACCCGACAAACAUCACCUGGCAAUUGACGCAAGACCGUUGUGAGGGCGAAAAGAGACAUAUCCGAGCUGCCAUGUCUCAGUCCAGUGACACUGUGGCGCUAAGCGGCAGCCCACCAGGGAAUUACCCACGCUCCAACAUCUUCGACUUCGUCUUUGGGAAUCCAUUUUCACAACAGUCCGACUUUGUCCCUGCGUCUCAAAGACUGCCCCGUAUAGAAGACUCCCGACCCAUCUUUGUGGACAACAACAACGACCGCACACUCACCUUCGGCAGGGCCAGGGACGAUGCCCUCACAGUAGCCGCGAACCUGCGGGCCCUGGGCCUGGACCCGGACCAGAUCCAGAGCUUGCCCCCAACGGCGACAUGCGCACGCCCCGAGCUGGCGCCGGUGGUGCUGAUCCAGCUGCCCAACUGCGUCGCCUUCGCGUCCAUCCUGUUCGGCACCUUCGCCUCGGGCCUGACGGCGUCGCUGGCCUCGCCGGCCCUGACCGCCACCGAGAUCGGUUGGAUCCUCCAGAACGCGCGCCCACGGGCCAUCAUCACGGCCAAGGCAUGCUCGGGCGCCAUGCGUGAGGCGCUCAAGGCCCAGGAGGACGCUGCCUUCUUCGCCAAGGUCCCCGUCUUCACCGUCGACGUGGCCGGCGACGCGUACCUCUCGGGCGCGGAGACCUCGUCGCCCUCGUCAUCAUCUUCGCAGGAGCAGGACUGGUCCGCCCUGCUCAAGAGCCCGUCCUCACGGGUGAAGUCCUACCACCUGUCGGCGGUGUCAGCGCCAAACCGCACCGCCGUGAUCCUGUGGUCAUCAGGGACCUCGGGCCGGUCCAAGGGCGUCCUGAUCUCGCACGGCGCGCUCGUCUACGCGACGGCGUCGAUCUGGUACGACGCCGACUACCACCGGCCGGGGCUGGCGCAGAGCUGGCUGGGCUACGUGCCCUUCUACCACGUCUUCGGGCUGUGCAACAUCUUCCUGCUGGCCCCCUCGGUCGGCGCCUCCUGCUAUGUGAUGAACGCCUUCUCGCUCGAGGCCAUGCUCGCCGCCACGCAGCGCCGCCGCGUCACCUACCUGCACAUGGCGCCCCCCGUGGCCGUCAUGCUGGCCAAGGCGGCCGUCGUGGACAAGUACGCUCGCGAGGGCGGGUUCAGGACCGUCGUGGCGGGCGUCACGGGCGGGGCGCCGCUCGGGCAUGAGGUCGUGCUCGAGGUGCACCGCCGCCUCGGGUUCCGCGUCAAGAUGGGCUACGGCCUGAGCGAGACGUGCAACACCUCGAUGCAGCGCGGUGUAUCCGAGGCGGACAUGCACGCCGGCGCGGGCGACAGCGGGAGGCCGCACUACGGCGUCGAGCUGCUGAUCGCCGCGGAGGGCCAGGACUUCAGCAAGGGCGGCGACACGGUCCCGGGCAAGACCGGCGCGGCGGGCGAGAUCCUGAUCCGCGCGCCGUGCCUCAUGAGCGCGUACCUGCCCAUCGGCGGCGUCGGGGCGGGGGCGGGGGCGGCAAAGGCGCAGCCGGAUAUGAGCAUCACGGCCGAGGCGCUGACGGCCGACGGGUGGUUCCGCACGGGCGACGUCGGGUUCCUGGACGCGCGCGGCGCGAUCCACAUCACGGACCGGCUCAAGGAGCUGAUCAAGGUGCGCGCGUACCAGGUGGCGCCCGCCGAGCUCGAGGCGGUGCUGUGCAGCAGCGAGGCGGUGGCGGACGCGGGCGUCAUCGGCAUCUACGACUCGAGCCAGGCGACCGAGUGGCCGCGGGCGUACGUCGUGCCGCGGGACGCGGGGCUGGUCAAGAACGGGGACAGGGCCGGGCUGGAGAGGCUGGCCGCGGAGCUGAGGGCGCUGGUGGAGAAGAGGACGGCGCGGUACAAGUGGCUCGUCGGGGGCAUUGUCUUUGCGGACGCGAUACCCAAGUCGCCUAGUGGGAAGAUACUCAGGAGGGUCAUCAAGGAUGGAGGGGUUAAGGGUGGGAUCGAGGUCUCGGUGUACCAGCAGAAGAAGAGGGACUCGAAGUUGUAG